AUGCCUGUGUUAUACCUAGGCGAUUCCCGUCAAGCUGCUCCGACCAAUGAACCGAUGCCCAAUCCCUGGGCCCCGUCGUCAGCCCAGACAAAUACUAGUGGAGCCUCUGCGACACCCACUUCAGGCACAACGGCUCCGGGUCGGACAACAGGUGGUGCUGCCAAUCCCUUUGCCUUCAAUCCCGAAGCCAUGUCUAACGCUUUUCAGGUAAGUUCCUGCCGUGCCAUCCUGUCGCCUGCUUGA